UUCGAUCGCCGCCUCCCCUUCCGUGGGGUCACCCUGCAGCGGCGGCGGCGCUUAGAGCGAGUUAGAACCGGGCCCUGGGCCUGCCUGGGGCUGCGCUCGCAUCUGCCUGGGACGUGUGGAAAUAGCCGCUCCGAUGGGAGGGGAGAUCGUGAAACCUGCCUGGGGGAAGUGGCGUGAGCUGUGCAGAGUCCAGGCACCGGGGGUGAACAGGGUCAUUCUGUGUCUCCUCUCAAUUACAGUGACUGCUCCUGGUGGUCUCAUGUGGAGAUGGGACCCCCUGAUCCUAUUUUGGGGGUGACUGAAGCCUUUAAACGAGACACCAACGCUAAGAAGAUGAACCUGGGUGUUGGGGCAUACCGGGACGAUAAUGGGAAGCCGUAUGUCCUGAACAGCGUCCGCAAAGCGGAGGCCCAGAUAGCUGCUAAGAAGAUGGACAAGGAGUACUUACCCAUUGCAGGGCUGGCGGAGUUCAAUAAGGCAUCAGCUGAGCUGGCACUGGGUGACACCAAUGAGGUUAUCAAGAGUGGCCGGUAUGUCACUGUGCAGACCAUUUCCGGGACUGGGUCUCUAAGAGUUGGAGCCAAUUUCUUGCAACGAUUCUUCAAGUACAGCCGUGACGUGUACCUGCCCAAACCAUCCUGGGGCAACCACACCCCCAUUUUCAGGGAUGCUGGCAUGCAGCUGCAUGCCUAUCGCUACUAUGAUCCCAAGACCUGCGGCUUUGACUUUGCUGGAGCCUUGGAUGACAUUUCUAAAAUUCCCGAGCAGAGUGUCAUUCUCUUCCAUGCCUGUGCUCACAACCCCACUGGUGUGGACCCCCGACCAGAGCAAUGGAAGGAGCUGGCUGCUGUGGUGAAGAAAAGGAAUCUCUUCGCAUUCUUUGACAUGGCGUACCAGGGCUUUGCCAGCGGGGACAUAAACCGGGACUCCUGGGCUGUGCGUCAUUUUAUUGAGCAAGGCAUUAAUGUUGUUCUGUCUCAGUCCUAUGCCAAGAACAUGGGCCUCUACGGGGAGCGUGUGGGUGCCUUCUCAGUGAUCUGCAAGGAUGUAGAUGAGGCCAAGAGGGUGGAAUCCCAGCUGAAGAUCCUGAUCCGCCCCAUGUAUUCAAACCCACCCAUCAAUGGAGCUCGUAUUGCCUCCAUCAUCCUGACAAGUCCUGACCUGCGGAAGGAAUGGCUGGAAGAAGUGAAGGGGAUGGCUGACCGGAUCAUUGACAUGCGCAACCAGCUGGUGGCCAACCUCAAGAAAGAAGGCUCCUCCCACAACUGGCAACACAUCACCGACCAGAUCGGCAUGUUCUGUUACACGGGGCUGAAACCUGAACAGGUGGAGCGACUAACCAAAGAGUUCUCCAUAUACAUGACAAAAGAUGGCCGGAUCUCCGUGGCAGGGGUCACAUCUGGUAACGUGGGUUACCUAGCUCGUGCAAUACACCAAGUCAGCAAGUAAACACAGUGGAGCAGACAGCCUGCCCUUCAACGGUCUUUGGACUUUCUGAAUCGAGGAAGGGGAAGUGCAUUUGGGGGGGUCGGGGCAAGCAGAAUAUUUACUUUCAACCACAGCACUUGAUUCUGUCAUUUAAUGUAGUUCGUGUACAAGGCCGCAGCUAGCGCCAUCAACACAUCGUAGCCAAAGCCACCUGCCCUUUCCGACAGGGAUGUCGCUGCUUCCUGCUCCUCUCUUCAGAAGUAGCUUUUUGCGUUAUGCACCCUCUCCCCCACACCGGCACCCGUCAGGCUUUAAAUGUCUUGGCAGAACUCGUGCAUGUAGAAUGACAGAACUCUGCCGAAGAGGACUGGGCGCUGAAUGGCGUCUCUCUGCCCAUCCCUUACUUGGGAGGGGAGAAGGCUUCCUAACAUAGUUCGGUAACUGUUUUUAAGUGAGCUGGAACAGGCUCAAGACCCUGUCCUCCCACUCUUAUAACCAACAAGCUGGGAUUCCAUCAUUCUCUUCCUUCUCUUUCCCCUCAGUUCACUGAUUUAAAAACUAACUGGAACAGUUUGAAUGGAAAUUGGUUGUAAGAGAUCUGCAGGCCUUAAAGCAAACACAAGAAUGAAGUGUGUCCGUAGUGUCUGGCAGCAUGGAGUUCUCCGUUGCUGAAGGCAGAGGCCUGAACACGAACAUACGUGAGGCAGCAGUAUCUUGCAUUGUCUACCACCUCUGAGCCCCAUGUGUGUUCUUUUCUUCCCACUCACUCCCAGACUAAGUGGCCCCAUCUCUAUAACUGUCCAUCAGCAUCUUUCCUAUUUUAGUCCCUAAAGGGCUUUUUGCUGAUUGAUAGGCAGCUGUCACUCCUGUAGUUCCUACCACUGUUCCAUCCCCAGGAGCUCAGAAUAGCCUAGUCUACCCUAAGCUGCCACCGCUAUAGCCAGGAGUAAAGGAGGAUUCUAGCCUGUCUCAAGUAAAGAGAAGUCAAUUGCACUUUAAUGGCAGUGGUGAUGUACACAUCCUCCUGCAUGGGAGUUACUGAAGCCACUUGCCCAAAGCCUUCGCUUCUCUCUGAUUCUCAGUGUGCAUCUGGGUAGGGAAUGACUUUUUUGUGCUGUGGUUCUAAACUUCUGUGUGCUUCCACCUCUAAUCUUCACCUUUCUAGGCGAGCCGUCUGCCACUGUCUAAUCACUUAGGCCUUUAUGCAGCCUGUUCUCUCUGUUACAAUAAAACUGCAGAUAGCGUGUA